GCCACGGUAAAACACACGUAAGCCUUUGGAUGAAAAUGAAGAUGCAACUAGCUCUGGUGGCCUUGUUGGCCGUGUGCCAAUUGGCUCAAGCCGAGUCAAAGGAUAACAAAUCAAUCGAGGAAUCAUCUGCUGAUUCUCAGACUGAGAAGAAAACAGAAAAACGUGGCCUGCAUCAUAGUUACGGUGAUUUCGGGGGUUACGGUGGCAGUUAUGGAGGAAGCUGGGAUCAUCCACAUGAAGAGCACGUGAAAACAGUGACCGUUGAGAAGAAAAUACCAGUGCCCUAUGAGGUUACUAAACAUGUACCUUAUUUGGUGGAAAAACCAGUGCCUUACGAAGUUAAAGUUGGGGUACCUCAGCCUUAUACCGUCGAGAAACAUGUACCCUAUCCAGUUAAAGUAUUCGUAAAGGUACCAGUCCAUGUGCCCCAACCGUACACUGUUGAAAAGAAAAUUCCUUACGAGGUUAAGGUACCAGUGGACAAGCCCUACGAAGUUAAAGUAUACGUUCCUCAGCCCUAUACUGUAGAAAAACACGUUCCAGUUCAUGUUAAAGUACCAGUACCUCAACCUUACACUGUUGAGAAACACGUGCCGUAUCCAGUAAAGGUCAAAAUUCCAGUACCGGCACCUUAUCCAGUUGAGAAACCAGUUCCCUAUGAAGUUAAGGUUCCUGUCGACAGACCUUAUCCCGUUCAUGUACCAAAGCCCUAUCCAGUUACGGUAGAAAAACCUUAUCCAGUACCAGUCGAUAAACCAGUGCCCUACGAAGUUAAAGUACCUGUUGAUAAACCAUACCCUGUUCCUGUCGAAAAACCAUACCCAGUACCUUACAAGGUCCAUGUACCUCAGCCCUACACAGUUCACAAACACGUCCCAGUACCUGUUGAAAAGCCGGUACCUUAUCCAGUAAAGGUACCUGUCGAUAAACCAUAUUUUGUUGAAAAACAUGUUCCUGUACCGGUUGAAAAAGAAGUACCGGUACCGGUCAAGGUCCCAGUACCUGUUCCUGUUCAUGUACAUCACCAACAUCACACACACCAUGAACACACACACUCGCACUCACAUGAAGGCGGAUUUGAACCUUCAUCUGGAUACGGCGGAGGUGACGAAGGUGGUAGCUAUGGAGAGCAUUCUUAUCAUUAAAUAAUUAUCUAGGUCAAUUAAUUAUUGAGCUAACUAAUAAUUAUAAAUUUUUGUGUUACUUAAAUAUUGUUUCGACCAUCUUGUGAUAAACACAGCAAUUAAAGAAUUACAAAAUACUCAU